AAUUCCAUGAUACGUUGAGUCUGAAGCUUGCCUCCCUCUCAUUCCCUCCACUAAAUGCUCUACUUCUUGCUUCAAUUUCAUCAUUCUGGACGCCUCUUCUUCUCAACCAACCUUCUUGCUGGUCUUGUAAUUAAUGGAGUUUGCGGCGUCAAGCUCCAAACUUGUCUCUGUUUUCUUCUUCGGAUUUCUGCUUCUCUGUUUCUUUUCAGAUUUCCUAUCCAACGCUCAGCUCAUACCACAAGAUGAAGUGAAGGCUCUACAGGCAAUAUCUGAUAAGCUCACAAACGUGAAUUGGAAGGUCACACAGACAUCUUGUAUUAAAGGAGACGGAUUUAAUAACCUCGUUACCUUGUCUUCUGGAGUCACCAGGAAUGUCACUUGCAAUUGCACUUUCCAAAACGGCUCUGUUUGUCAUGUCACUAACAUUCUGUUGAAAAGCCAAAAUAUAGCAGGAGAACUACCCAGCGAGUUUGGAAAUCUGACCCAUUUGACUGAACUUGAUCUUUAUCUCAACUAUCUCAACGGCACAAUUCCAACAACUUUUAGGCGCAUCCCUCUUGUUACUCUGUCCCUCGUGGGGAAUCGCAUAAGCGGUUCAAUUCCAGGAGAAUUGGGUGAAAUUGCUAGUCUGAUGGAUUUGAUCCUUGAAGAUAAUCAGCUUGGAGGACCUCUUCCUCAGAGUCUUGGAAAUUUGAGUAACUUGAGGAGAAUACGUCUUUCUGCAAAUAAUUUUACGGGAACAAUACCAGAAACGUUUGGAAAUCUGAAGAACCUGAUUGAUUUUUCUAUAGAUGGGUGUACCUUGUCAGGAAAGAUACCAAGUUUUAUUGGGAACUGGACCAAAAUUCUAUAUAUGGAUAUGGAGGGAACAGGCAUGGAAGCGCCAAUUCCUUCCACCAUAUCGUUGUUGGCAAAUUUGAAACAACUGAGAAUAACUGACUUGAGAGGAACAGCAACUAUGACAUUUCCUAAUCUGAAGAAUUUAAAGAGUUUGGAACGACUGAUAUUGAGGAAUUGCUUAAUUACAGGUCCCAUUCCAAAUUACAUAGGCGAAAUAAAAAACUUGAAGACUUUAGACCUGAGCUUUAACGAUUUGACCGGUUCAAUCCCUGAUUCAUUUCAGGAAUUGAAUUUUAAUCACAUGUUUCUGACAAACAAUUCUCUGAGUGGAGAAAUUCCAGAAUGGGUGCUAGAGAACAAAUAUAACAUUGAUUUAUCUCACAACAAUUUUACUGAGGCUUCUACAUCUAGUUGCCAGAUCUUACAAGUGAACUUGGCUUCUAGUCUUUUGCCUUCAGGAAGAAAUACAUCCUUUUGUCUAAAGAAGGGCCUGCCUUGUCCCAAAAAACCUCAAUAUUAUUCGUUGUUUAUAAAUUCUGGAGGACCCAAGAUGGAAUAUGAGGGUAAUGAGUAUGAUGAAGAUCUCAAUCAAAAUGGGAUUUCAUACUUUUAUAUAAAAGAUGACAGAUGGGCUUAUAGCAGCACGGGAACAUAUAUAUAUAACGAUAAAGCUGAUUAUGUAGCCAGUCUGAAAACAAAUAAGUUUUCUUUGAAUGUUAAUGGCUCAGAAUACUACCAAACAGCCCGCCUCAGCCCUCAAUCACUCAAGUACUAUGGCCUAUGUAUGCUGAAGGGUAAUUAUAAAGUAAGGCUCCAUUUUGCUGAGAUAAUGUUUUCUGAUGACCAGACAUUUAACAGUCUAGGAACUCGCAUAUUCGAUGUUUCAAUUCAAGGUUUUAGAUACUUGAAAGAUUUUAACAUUCUGAAGGAAGCUGGUGGAGUUGGUAAGGGCAUCACUAGGGAAUUUGAUGUUGAUGUGUAUGAUAGUACCUUAGAGAUCCAUUUAUAUUGGGCAGGGAAAGGUACUACUGCAAUUCCCCAAAGAGGUGUAUAUGGACCUCUGAUAUCUGCCAUCACUGUGACCCCAAACUUCAAACUUCCUUCAAAAGGGUUGUCUGUUGGAGCUAUUAUCGGAAUUGUGGCUGGAUCAUGCACCUUCCUUGUUCUUGUACUCAUUGUCCUCAAAAAGAAGGGUUUCCUUGGUGGGAAAGAUCCAAAAGAUAAAGAACUUUUAGAUUUGAAGACAGGUUAUUUUUCUCUAAGACAAAUUAAAACUGCAACCAACGACUUUGACCCUGCAAAUAAGAUAGGAGAAGGUGGCUUUGGACCUGUGUAUAAGGGUGUGUUAUCCGAUGGCAUCGCCAUUGCUAUUAAGCAGCUCUCUUCCAAGUCAAAGCAAGGAAAUCGUGAAUUUGUUAAUGAAAUAGGAAUGAUAUCUGCUUUACAACAUCCAAAUCUUGUGAAGCUUUAUGGUUGUUGCAUCGAAGGAAAUCAAUUGUUGCUUAUAUAUGAAUACAUGGAGAACAACAGUCUUGCUCGAGCACUUUCUGGCUGUGCUAAACAAGGGAUACACUUGGACUGGCCCACAAGAGUAAAGAUUUGUCAGGGGAUAGCACAGGGAUUGGCUUAUCUUCAUGAGGAGUCAAGGUUGAAAAUAAUACAUAGGGACAUUAAGGCAACAAACAUCUUACUUGAUAAAGAUCUGAAUGCCAAAAUCUCUGAUUUUGGCUUGGCAAAACUCUAUGAAGAAGAAACUACCCACAUCAUCACUCGAGUAGCUGGAACAAUUGGUUACAUGGCUCCAGAAUAUGCAAUGAGAGGUCAGUUGACAAACAAAGCAGAUGUUUAUAGUUUUGGAGUUGUUGCUUUGGAGAUUGUCAGUGGAAGGAGCAACACUAAUUACAUGCCAAUGGAUGACUUUGUUCAUCUUCUUGAUUGGGCCUUUGUUCUUCAAGAGCAAGGAAAGCUCCUGGAAUUGGUGGAUCCUCGUCUUGGUUCAAGCUACUCUAAAGAUGAGGCCAUGAGAAUGCUCACCUUGGCUCUCUUGUGUACUAGUCUAUCUCCCACCCUCAGACCCUCCAUGUCAUCUGUAGUGAGCAUGCUUGAAGGAAAAGCUCCAAUCCAAGCACCAAUAAUCAAGCACAAAAGUCAAGAUGCAAGGUUCAAAGCCUUUGAGAUGCUAUCGUAUGACAGCCAGACAUCUGUAGCCUCUCAAGAAAGUAUGGAACAAAGAGGCAAGUCAACCGAUCGGUCAUGGGUUGACUCCUCAGCGUCUCUUCCAAGUAAGAAUGAUUUUUCUUCAUCUGGUAAGCUUCUUGAAGAUUAAAAUGAUUAUAAACCUAGUUAUAGAAUUUAUGUUAUGUUUUAAUAAUUAUAUUUAUUUUGGAAGAUAGGUUUUCUUUAAUUUAUUUUGAAUUGGGUUUUCUUAUCUUAUCUAGGUUUAGGGUUUUUUGGUGAAUUAUUUAGGUUUAACUUAUUUAACUUUUUAAUCAUUGUGAAUAACCCUUAAGUUAUUCUGAUGUUAGACUUUUAGCAGAUUGAAUAAUACCAAGAUCAUGUGUCUUUUGCUUUUC